AGAUUAAUGUUCUUUGUUUCAAACUUCCAGCUUGCACACCUCUUCAGAAGUGUAGCAGUAAUGGAGGACAAUGUUUCAACAAGAAUAGUAACUUCCAAUGCAAUGCUCCCGUCUACCAUGAAGGCUGCAGUGAGUCGUACUUGGUUGCUGCAUUACUGAUGUUACUGUCUACAUUGAAAAGCCCCAGUGUGACGCUGCUCAUGGCACGUGCAUGAAACCCACAGCCUGGAGUACUUGUAACGGUGCAAUUGACAGCUCUGCCUGCUAUGGCACAAACUGUGCUUGUUGCAAGCCAGGAGCUUGUACACCAAAACCCAUCUGUUUGGACAAUCAAGGCUACUGCUUCAACACCACAAGUAAUCACACUUGCAGUGGAGCUGUCUAUGCCGAUGAUUGUGAUGGACCGAACUGUGCUUGCUGUUUCACAAAUCCUGAUAACUGUGUUGAAUUACCUGAAUGUGGAGGAGACAGUGGGAGAUGUGUGAAAGAUGAUGACUGGGGAACUUGCUAUGGCUUAGCUGAACCAGCAGGUUGCCUUGGAAACAAUUGCAUUGUUGCAGGGGAUGAGUCGAUAAGGAACAGUAGGAGAACUUGA